CUCAAGUGGCAAUUGUUGAAAAGAUUUGUAACGUUAAAAUGACAAUUUGGAUUGAAGGAUCUGACACUUAACUUGACUUAUCGGAGAUAAAAUCAGCUAUGAAGGAAUUCAUGUUUGGAAUAAUUUAAAUCAAUUAAAUGAUUGGUGCGGGUAAUUGAUGAACUCUGAGUCUAUUAGUCAACUCCAAGUGGACAAUUAAGCUUCUGAUGACUCGGAUUAUUUCAGUGCAACUGCCAUCUGACAUUUUCGUCUGUUUGAUACUAUGACAGACAGAUAAAGGACCCCACAAAUAUAUAGACGAUUCAUUUCUCUCACAGGUGCAAGAUAUGUACAUAGACGAAAAUGCGCCUUCGUGACGUAAAUUUGACGUCAGUUGUUCUACGGACGUUCCUUUUUCUACAGACGUUACCGAUAGUGUUGUCAUGUAUAUAUCUCCUAAAUGGGUGGAAACCCAUGCCGAUUUUCAACCGCACCGCUAGCGCUGAUGUCGUCAUUUCCGGUCACGUGAUUAAAACGUACAAGGAGCAGCAAUACCGCACUGAUGCAAUGACGUUUACCGCUACCGUCAAACUCUUUGACGUUUACAAGGGGAAGAGGUUACUCAGAAAUAUUCCAACAUUGGACGACUCUCAGCAUGUAUACAACGUUACAAAUUUUGGAGAUAGAAAAAUGUGUUACGCUGACGUCAUGGAAGGGAGAAACUAUAUUUUAUUCCUAACGACGUAUAAACAACGUCUGUCAGCGAAAUAUGACGACAUUUUUGGUGCUGCGACGAAAUACACAGAAUCAAACGUGGAUGAAGUGAAAGCCCAAGUCGGACUUGACGUUGCUGACUGGACGGAGUGGGGGGCGUGCUCACGGUCAUGUGAUGGCGGGCGUCAGGCCCGGAAGCGGAACUGUACCGCUCCUAGCGGCGACUGUGAUGACCUCGAUAUGGAGAAACGGGCUUGUAACACAUUUAAUUGUGACCUUCUUCAUGACCUCCUGUCCCACCUAGGCGUAUACAAGCUGCCCCUGGGGGUUUACCACGUGCACCAGCGUCCAGGGGCCUUCAACGUUACCCGCAGGGCGAGGCUUUACACCCCCUUCUCGGAUAUCUUCCCUAACAACCUACCUCAAGAAUUUUCAUUGCUAGCUUCCAUCAGAGUUGGUCAAAACUUCAGUGGAUACCUGUUGACGCUCAGUGAUUCCCAGGGUGUCCAAAUAUUUGGACUAAAGUUUACUCAAAAUGAUACAGAAUCAGUUAUCAGCAUUACUGUGCUAAACACAUCUACCUCUCAAUCUUACAAUGUUCUUUCACUUGCGUUUACAAGCAUUUCAGAAGACUUGCAACAGUUCGCAAUAGGUUUUACGCCCGAACGUAUUCAGGUCCAUUACGACUGUGAUAAAAUAUACACCAAACAAAUAAAAAAUAUAGAUCCGAGUGUAUGGUUCCGCGGGCUUAUGAUGUCUAUAGGGCCAUAUUCUGAGGAGGCCGAGGGUCAAUUCGAAGGGUCUAUAGAACAGCUGGCCCUUAUUGAAGAUCCGCGGGCGGCGGAGCAACAGUGCUCCGAGCAAUACGACGAUUCGGAUCGUGCCAUAAAGGAUGAAGAAAACAAUGAGAUUGAUGACUUCAGAGGUCCCAGAACGGAAAAUACAGACGACAAAACAGUUCAAGAAACCAAACAGCCUCACGGUAUAGCAAACUCCUCUACUACCCUAGCUCCGUCCCCACAGGGCCAGUGGACAGAGUGGUCCGAGUGCAGUCGCACGUGCGGAAGGGGCGUCCAGGUCCGCUCCCUCUAUUGUGGCGACAACGUGCUCAGCGCAUGCGCACUGGCGGGCAGGGACAGCGAGCAGGGACGAUGGUGUUUCUUGCGACCGUGUGCAGUGGAAUGCCGGCCACAAUGCCAGAACGGUGGGCGCUGUCUCCACUCCGGAAGUUGCUUCUGUCCAAGCGGAUUCACCGGCAGUGCUUGUGAACAUGACAUGUGUGGUGUUCAGUGCGAAAACGGCGGCUGGUGUGUUGGUCCAGGUCUCUGUCAGUGUCCGCCUGGAUUUACGGGGAAUCAGUGCGAAACAGCUGUGUGUGAUCCACCAUGCGGUCCCAGGGGUCACUGUCUGAGGCCCGGUUUCUGUUCCUGUCCAUACGGUUACAUGCCACCAAACUGUGAUCCCAUCUGCCUCCUACCCUGUAUGAACGGCGGCAAGUGUGUGGGCCAUAACACGUGCCAAUGUCCACGUGGAUACGUGGGCCAAGACUGCUCAAUACCAAUUUGUCGUCGUGGUUGCUACAAUGGCGGCCGCUGUGUUGCUCCGAACAAAUGCGCAUGCGCAAGCGGUUUUGUUGGUUCCCGGUGCCAGAAAGCAGUUUGCGACCCGGCUUGCCAGAACAAAGGACGUUGUCUGUAUCCCGAUGUGUGUCAAUGCAAGCGGGGAUUCAGUGGUCUGUUCUGCGAAACAGCUGUGUGCAGAAAAUCCUGUAAGAACGGAGGGGUUUGUGCCGGUGGGAACCGUUGCACGUGCCAAGAAGGGUUCAGAGGUCGCUGGUGCCAUAAACCAAUCAGAUCGUCCAAAUGUCGUCACGUGUGUCAAAAUGGCGGACGGUGCCGGAAAAAUAAGUGCAAAUGUACUCCCGCCUUCCAUGGCGAACGAUGCGAGAAGAGGAAAUGCCACUACCAAUCCUACCUCAUCCCGUACGUGGACACCUACCCCAAGUUGGAGCGGUUUGAUGUCGUCACUUCCUGUAAACUGUGGCCAUGGGCUACCUGUGUCGAAACAAGAAUGCAGUAUGUGCUGACACCAAGAACCUUAUAUCGCUCCGAAUAUCGAUGUCUAUAGCCGGACAACGGUGUAAGCUUCAGGACGAAAACGGAAACUACCAAUCCAUUUGUAAUGAAAGAGGAAAACAAUACUCUUUAAACAAUUGCAGUGGUACUUUUAGUGAGAACAUUGUCAAUACAUCAUAAUCUUGUAAGUUCAUGAACCAUCGAGUAAAAUUGGAUACACGCAACAAACCAUGUUAGUGAAGUUAAAGCUGCACUCUCACAGAUUGAACGUUUUGACAACUUUUGUUUAUUUUUUGUCUUGGAACAAGCCAAUUUCUGCGAAAAUCCAUGGAAAUCAGUUAUAUAAGACUGCUGACAAAAAAAUAGAUCGCAGAUUUUUAUAUUUAAGUUCAAAAAUUGAUGUUUUAUGCAUUUUUCUUAAACCGUUAGACGGUUUAAGCCAUAAAACAUUAAUUUUCGAACGGAAAUAUGAAAAUCUACGAUCUGAUUUUUUGUCAACAAUUUUAUAUCAUUGGUUUGAAUAUAUCUACACAAUAAUUUGCUUAUUCCAAAAUAAAAAAGUUGUAAAAAUGGAAAAUCUGUGAGAGUGCAGCUUUAAGGCCAAUAUAAAUUUGCUAGA